AUAAAUGAAGCAUCAUUUCUGAGCAGAGUCUUAUUCAACUAGACACUCUUCACAGACUGCUGAUAACUGAGGUUGAGUCAUUGAUGGAUUCCAGGAUGGCCAUACGUGUGAUUGUGGUACUAACACUUUUUACUGGGUUGUGCGUUGAGAAUUUGACAGCCAAUCUUGCUCUUAAUGCCAAAGUGAUGCAGUCAUCCUUAGAAAACCAACAGGGAGAUGCUGAACAUGCAGUAGAUGGAAACAGAGAUGCAGAUUACUGGAAGGGCUCAUGCUCUCACACUAAAGCUGAGUAUAACCCAUGGUGGAGAGCUGACCUUGGAAACAUCUACAGUAUAAGCAAGGUUUCCAUCACUAAUCGUAGAGACUGUUGCAAAGAGCGAAUCAGAGGAGCUCAGAUUCGCAUUGGUAACAGUCUGGAGAACAACGGAAACAACAAUGAGCUGGUUGCAACUGUUGUCUAUGCUUUCGAUGGCACAAAAACAUUUGAGUUUGAGCCUGUUAACGGCCGAUAUGUCAACAUUUUUAUACCCGGGUAUGAUAAAAUUAUUACUCUGUGUGAAGUCGAGGUGUUUGGAGAAGCAGGCAAACCACUGUACAUUUGUGUUCCAAGAAAUCUUGCUCUUGGAGGUCAAGCAGUUCAGACCUCGACAUACGAUAAUUUCGGAGAUGCUCAAAAUGCUAUCGAUGGAAACAGGCAGUCAAUGUACGCACUCAGGUCAUGCAGCCAUACUAACGGGGACAAGGACCCCUGGUGGAGAGUUGACCUGAAGGACGUCUACAGGGUAACCAGGGUUAGCAUCACUAAUCGUGGAGACUGCUGUGAAAAGAGGAUCAAGGGUGUUCAAAUCCGUAUCGGCAACAGCCUGGAGAAUAACGGCAACAAUAAUCAGCUGGUUGCGACUGUUGGGUUCAUUCCACUUGGAAACACAAAAACUUUUCAGUUUAAGCCUGUUAAGGGACGAUACGUGAACCUUAUUGUGCCUGGACGCAAUGAAUUCCUCACUCUGUGUGAAGUUGAGGUUUAUUCAGAUUAAGUGGAACAAGAUGACGAUACACCACAGUCCACUGAUCCUAUGAGCAGAAAUAAUCAAACUACUGUUUUCUGAGCAAUACCAAUAUUGCACUUUUUUCAUUGUUUUUAUUUUACUUAUACACCUUUAUCCUUCCUUCCUCCCAUCCUUUGUUUAGA